GUAUUCCUUUGUUCAAAUCUGCGAUUCAAAUUCUUCCUUAUUCAAACUUCCGCCAUUGACUCCUCUAAUUGUCUUUUUGUUCUAAACCAGUUCUUUUCUUUCACAAGGUUGAUUGGAUAUAGAGUUUUGUACGCAGUCUUAGAGCUCGCAAUUUUGCGUCGAAUCUCCGCGCUUUUUUUUUUUUUAAAUUAGCGUCAAUGGGCGGUGACAAUGAAGGUUGUGUUGAGAAUCAAUUCUUCAUUGGACUUAGAUCUGAAUCGAAGAAAAGAGGAAUAUCAGAUGUGGAAGAAACAUCCGACUGCACUAAAGAGAGAGUGAAAACUCGCGACCUUGAAUCAGUUUUUCGAUCCGAGGCUGAAACAGAACGACGAGGCUGCAGUGUGGCGCAUUCCGAUGAUUCGGGAGUGCUCGAUCUCAACGUAGACAGUGUCAAGAAAGCCAAGGGGCUGAAUUUGGAUCUAAACGCCGAAGAUACAUCCAGUUCAAUCAACGAUCCGUUCGAUCCUGAAUAUUCGAAAUGUGGAAAAGAGUCUAUGAGAGUUUGGAAAGGUUUGAAACAGAACAACUACAUGUCUACGCCGUAUAGAGCUGUUCCUGCGCCGGUGCCUAAGCCGCGCGUUCGUAAGAAAUCGAACAACGAUUUGACGACGAAGAGGAAGAUAGAGCUUGCGAAGAAAGAACAGGUCGACAGAUUCGCGCGAGUCGCUGCUCCGAGCGGUUUGCUCAACGGGCUGAAUCCCGGAAUCAUUAACCAUGUGAGGAACAGCAAGCAAGUCCACGCGAUCAUCGAAGCUUUAGUGAGGUCCGAGCGAAAUGAAAAUCAAGUUUUUGGAAGCAAGAAAAUGAAUUCGAUUGAAGAACAGGGGAAUGCGCAUGGUAAUAAUCAGACGAGCAAUAAUCCCGUGUUCUCGAAAUCGGUUUGUACAAGUGAGGCUGUAACGGGAGGCGAGGUCGCGUUUCGAAGAUUGCCGACGCGAUGGAGCACGAGAUACGUCGAUGAUGAUAAGCUCGCGCUAAAACUUUCGUCGUCGGUAGCUGAUGCGUCGGACGAUACUUGUUUGUCGAACGAUGGAUCGACCGACCUCGGAUCGGUGACUUCACUCUCUGUCAAAGCGGCCAAUGUAGCGUCGCAAUGGCUGGAACUUCUGAGUCAAGACAUACAAGGCUGUCUUGCAGCGCUACGAAGGAGUAAGAAGAGAGUUCGAGAUGUUAUUAUAACAGAACUGCCCCUUCUAAUUUCGAGGGAAUUUCCGGAGAAGGAUUCUUGUACAGUAAAACAAUCGAAUGCUGAAGCUCAUCACGUUCGAUGGCGAAUGAUCUUCGCGCAGAUGGACAAAGCACUUUCCGAAGAAGAGAGUUAUCUGGAAAAUUGGCUGAGCCAAGUGAAGGAAAUGCAGGUGCAUUGUGAGAAGGGAUUAUACAUAAGCAGUUUGCAUAAUUCGACAGCCCCAAUCAGAUCGACAGAUGACACAGCCGUGAGGGCUGCAGCUGCGUCCAUAUAUUCGACUUGUAACUUCUUGUUGUCGAAGCCGAGAUAGAGCUGAGCCAAGUCGAGCCAAGCUGAGCUGAGGUAUGGUGCAGCCAGCCGAUCAAUCGAUUGGCUGUUCUUACAUAUUCUUGACUAGUGAUUAAUUUAUUGCAGUGACUUUAGAGGUAAAAAAAGACAGAUUUAUGACAUUACAUUAGUUGUAGUGUCUCCGGCAUGAGAGCUGAUUGAUUGUUGUUAGAGAAAACAGUUUUAGCAAUUUUCUUUUAAGUUUAUUGGCCUAACCUAAUUGAUUGUAAAAUUAGGUUCCGCAAGAUAAGUCACAUUAACUGAAUUAUAUGUGUUUGGUUUUUGCUGUUUAGUAUUAUGAUUUUAAAGUAACAAUUUACUAUUAAACAUUGUGUAAAU